UAGACCGGAGCUGCUCAGCCUCAGUCAGUCGGACUGUCAUCAUGGAGGAGCUGCAGACGCCCGGAGCAGCCGAGUGAAGAGGACAACAAGACGCCACAUCCCAUCUCCGUACCACCUGCUGUUGUCUGAAAUCGGUGAUCACUCCACUGAAGACACCCGAGGAGGUGCGGGGGACAGCGGACAAGAUGAAGCAUUUUCUCAGAGUGGUGACCCAGUUCUUCGUGUUCCUCUACUGUAAAUGUCUGUGGCGGGGCCUCAAGUUUGUCGCCAGGAAGUUUACAGGCCGCUGCGAGCUGCAGCGCAUCUGCUACAACAACAAGCAUGGCGCCCGCAGGACCCUUAAGAUAGAGUCAUCUCUGCGGUACUCAAAGAAUGAGCUGCUGCAGUCUGCCCUCAGCGUCCAUCCCGACAAAGUGGAGAAGACUAUCGACGACAUCAUGGCCUUGAAGAAGAUCAACCCUGACACCAACCCACAGCUGGGCAUCUCUCUUCAGGCCAGCCUGCUGCAGAUCGUGGGCUACAGGAGCCUGGUGGCCGAGGUGGAGAAGCUGCGCAGGGAGCCAUACGACUGUGAAAACUCCGAGCACGAGGAGAUGCUGAUGAAGCUGUGGAAGGAGCUGCGUCCUGACACACCUCUCACCGGCCGCAUCUCUAAACAGUGGUGUGAGAUCGGCUUCCAAGGCAGCGAUCCAAAGACUGAUUUCAGAGGCAUGGGUCUACUGGGCCUGCACAACCUGCUGUAUUUCGCAGAACACGACAAGGCCACCGCUCUCCAGAUGCUCCACGACUCCCUGCAACCAAAGCACAAUGAGAUAAACAACCCUGAAUGGGAGCAGAAGAACAUAGACAAAGCUAUCGGGUACUCUUUUGCCAUUGUGGGCAUCAACAUCACAGACCUGGCCUUCUCUCUGCUGGUGAGUGGAGCUCUGAAGACCCACCUGUACAACGUGGCCCCAGAGAUGCCCAGCCUGCUGCAGUUCCAGCAGACCUUCUGUUACCUGAUGCAGGAGUUCCACCGCUUCUGGAUCGAGGAGGAUCCCAGCGACAUCAUGGAGUUCAACCGGGUCCGCGCAAAGUUCCACCGGAGGAUCCUGCGACAGCUGAAGAACCCGGACAUGGCUCUGUGUCCCCACUUCUCCGCCUCCGACCUCCACCUGGUCAACCUUUAAACACACACACACACACACCCCCCUGAGCCUCCCCUUGACCCCCUCACUCACCCUCAGAGGUCUCCCCCCCGGAUGCCUGGCAGGCUGACUAAAAAUCAGAAAACCCCUUUCAGCUGGACGCAUCUGGGGAGACUCUCUUCCUCUCCCCUCUCAGCCCACCUUGUCCCAGCUAACGUCAUGUCGCGUCACUGCCAAAAGCUCACUGCACACACACGUACACACACACACACACACAUACGUACACAUACACACACACACUGCCUCUACGCCCUCACUGCAGCGUUAGACCACCAGCAUCAGAGAUGACCAUAGCGAUUGUAGCUGUGCAUGAGGAGGCUGCACCACACCAUCACCGACUCAUCGUUAUCUGUUGCUUUAAUGAUUCAUGAUGAUUGUAUCACAGCCGUUACACCUCAGUUAACUACCCCGUGCUUUUACUCAUAACAAACCAAACUUACUUUCUCAGCCAAAACAAACAAACAAAAAAAAAAUCCCUUUUAGAUCGCGUCAGUUCAGAAUAUUUUGGCAAUUAGCUGGUCGAGCUUUCAGACACGAACGAACAAUAUUUUGUAUUCAAAAUGAAGAGUUAAAAAUAUAUAUAUAUAAUGUACGUUUAAAAUGAAAGUAAUGUUUCUGGCGCAGAUUCAAUCAAAAGCUAUCAAGCGAUAAAGGGCCGGGUCAUCUCUGAGCGUAGAUCAUUGACAGAGAUUGUACUGUACUUUUUAUGUCAACACGACGUUAACACCUAAGACUUCUCCUUGCCAAAAUAUCGAAUGUGGAGAACUUAAAAUCACAGCAGCAGUUUGUUUUCUUGUGAGCGCCAAUGUAAGUUUUGUAAACCUGUUGAAAGACGUUCACUUAUAUUUCAGUACAACGCAGCUUGGAUACUAACAGAGCUCCGUCUCUUACCAUGAAUUUUUUUCGUUUACUCGUCCAGAAAAAAGAGUUUAAAAAAUAUAUUCUGAACAUUUUUUUCCAGGUUUGCAAACACUUUUUUUUUUCUUGCCUUUGUUUUGGACCCCAUGCAGAGAUUCUGUUUACGAAUGUUCCUCACACGCUCACAUUCAUGAUUGUUUGAUUCUAUUUUAAUCCAUUGAAUGUGACACUGUGUCCACUGUUGUAUCAGCCAAAGCAAUAAUUUACAUUCAUUACACUGCACGUUCCUUUAAGUGUAUUGAUUUGCACCACGUGUGCCUGAGUAAUUUGUUUUUGUUUCUCACUCAGAGCUGGAAUGAUAAUUAAUUAGUUCGCUGCUACAUGUGGCGCUUUGAUCGAGGUAAAAUAUCACCGCAUUACAUUUGAGACAUUAGUGUGAUUACGGCAUUUAACGGCAUCCAAAUUUGGCAGGAAUUGCUGCAGAAAACGUGUUUGUCCUUUUAAAGCCAAAGACAUCGAGGACUGGAGGAUUUGACAGGAAGCAGUUUGGAGUUUGCGGAGAAUGUUGUCUCAGUGUAGUCUUAUUUAGAAAUGCUACAUGAAGCAGCUUUAAGAAGCAUACAUGAUCAUCUCUUUCAAAAGCAACAACCAGAGAUAUAAGACAGAAAAAUGUAGCGCUGCUCCACAGAGAAUGAAUGAGGCGUUUAAUAACGCUACAGAAGAGAGCUGGGAGUGAAAAUGUGAAACGCUGAUGAUGGAGGCGUUGAUCGGCCAGUCGACGCACCAGCAGCAGAGCCUGUCGCUGUCAAACCGAACAAUCAUUCAAGGGCAAGAGCUCCGUACCUCACUGUCAGCUCCCUACUGUGGACUACAUGAAUAUUUUAUCAGUUAAUUUCUUUGCUUUACCUUUAUUUUACCCAGAGAGCCCCACUAAGAUUAAAUGUGGGGGUACACAAUUCUGGUUUUUGCAGAUAGGUUGAUAUGUUCCAGCUCAUUCUGGCCAAUUGUCAAUGCCAAAAAUAUGUACGUAUAAUUACCACCUGAUUGCAGACAUCAGUUCUCUUCUGUUAUGAUGCCUCCUCCCGUUGUGAUUGUUUUGGCAGAUGCAGACAUCAACGCUUUACAAACCGUGACACUCACAGGGAAAAAUAAGGAAACCGCUUAGUCAGCGGUUUGUGUUUGCAUGCGCAUACUUUAGGCGUCAUCCUACAGGCCUGUUGUAGCAACUCAUUUCGCGCUGAUGCCGAUGUUUCCUUUUAAAAUCAUUAUCAGCCAUUAUCAGUAUUGUGCAUCCCUGAUCAGAAAACUGUUAGGGCGUCCUGACCAAGACGACCUGCAGUAUCAGUGAGUCACAGGUCAAAUAUGAAAUACAAAUAUAUCAAAAUAUUUCAAAAAAUCUAUGAAAACAGAGCAUAAAUCCAUAGAAAAUCACCAUAUGGCUUAAUGAAUUAUACUGAAACAACCCUUAAAUUGUCUGAAAUCAAUUAAAGUGCACCAUGCACUAUUUUUUUUUUGGGGGGGGGGGGCUAUAAAAAGACACUGCUGAAGCCAACAUAACUUUUUGAUAUACUACAGAGCCAAAUGUUCACAUUUGUAUUCAUAAACACGGCAACAUUGGCUUGAUUUUGAGUUAUUGGUGGAGUGAAAUAAAAAAAGAGCACAUUGCCCCUCUGCAAGUCCUGCAGUUCAAGGUGAAGUAACCAAGAACAAAAAGUGUACACAGUGCACUUUUAAAACAUACCCAUCAGACAUUAUCAAACAAUAAAUCAGUGAAACUUCUAAGCAUCUAAAUUCUAAGAUAACGACCUUAAGAGGACAUAAUCUCCAAAACUGCCCUCUGACGUAGUGUCUGUGUGGUAAGAGAUGCUGCAUGUGUAGAAGCAUCAGUAGCCAAAGUCUUUUUUCACAAUCUAUUAGAAUUUUAUCAUCUGGAACUCAGUAUUUCUGGAAUUAAUUUCUGCUAUGGCCAUCAAAAGCUCUGUCAUUCUUUCGUCACCUCUCUAUAUAGUUGUAAUAGUGAUAGUAGUAGUUUGUGUUGUCAGUGGGGGGGGGGGUCUGCUGUUUCAAUGUCGGAUUCAAAUGGUGUGAUCGUGCACGAGGGAGACAGCACCCGGUUUUUAGAAUAUAAAGAGCAUUAACAGAAGCAACACGUUGAUUUCUUUUCUCUUGUUUUAUUGCAGCCAUUUUUAUUUUUUAGCAGUAAAGGUAGAAUAACAGUAAAGUUUGGAAAAAUAACUUCCUUGUCAAUUCUGACCCCCUGCUGGUAAGCCACUGCAGUAAAUGACUCUCCAUCCAAGAACAUAGAAUACGCACACACAAAAAAAUCAUUGUCUCUGGAGCACCGUGUUGAUUAUUAUCUCAGCUCUGAGUCACUUUUAUUUUCCACUGACAGAGAAAUCAACAUAAGCCCAAACCUGACCGCUGUAUUUAACGUUCAUGAGCGCCGACAGCUCUGACAAACGUUCUCAUCACUAAACUGAAGAUGUGAGAUUCCGUUUUUACGGCCAUGCUUGCACUGUUGAUUGUGUUUUAAUAGUACUGGAUAUCUUUGUUCCAUUGAAGUGAUGCUUUCCGUCAGUAUUAUGCAGCUGUUUACUUCAGUGAAUGUCAGUGCUGGUUUCAUCUCCUGCUUGCAUUUUGUUUUGCUUUGCUAUGGUCAGCUUUGCACUAAUGUAAAAAAAGAAAAAAGAAAAAAAAAAUACAAUGCAGUUUACUUUAUGAUAAUAAACCAGUCAUUUGUGGUAUUAGGCUUAUAAGGGCCGGUGUGCCCCACGAUACUGUAGAUGAAGUUAGGUACAUGCUGCUGUAUAUUCUGCUUUGAAGCUGCCUAUAAGACCACACAAUCUGCAUGAGGAUGUUUUCAUUGACACUACUGAUACGGCACUCUGUAUUCUGCAGUCAGGCCUGAAGUACUUCUAGAUAUUGUAACCGUGUGCUUCAUUUGUCUGUGCUGUACUUUUUGAGACCACAAUAAAAAUUAAAUGUCAGGAAAAA